ACAUAAGAUAAACAAGAAACACUUUACGGCAUUAAGUAACUAUGGCGUCUGUCUUCAGCGGUGUGCUGCAGUUGACAGACCUCGAUGAUUUUAUCACUCCCUCUCAGUCAUGUGUCAAACCAGUGAAGCUAGAGAAGAAACAAGGUAAAUCUGUGGCCAAAAUUCAAAUAGAAGAUGAUGGCAGCUACGUCCAAGUCAACCAGGAUGGUGGGAAGCAGAAGCUCGAGAAAGCAAAGAUCACACUGAAUGACUGUUUGGCGUGCAGCGGCUGUAUAACCUCUGCUGAAAGUGUUCUCAUCACACAACAGAGCCACGAGGAGCUCUUUAAAGUGCUGCGCAACAACAAGGACAAUGCGACCGAGCAGAAGGUGGUGAUGGUUUCAGUGUCACCGCAGUCCAGAGCCUCUCUCGCGGCACGCUAUGACCUCAGCAGCAGUGAGACCGGCAGGAGGCUCACAUCUUUCUUCAAAGGCCUUGGGGUUCAUCAUGUUUUCGACACUAGCUACAGCCGGACCUUCAGCCUGCUGGAGAGCCAGAGGGAGUUUGUGGAGCGAUUCCAGAGGAAGGAGCAGGACAGCAAGUGUCUGCCCAUGAUGACAUCCGCAUGUCCAGGGUGGAUUUGCUAUGCUGAAAAAACCCAUGGAGACUUUGUUCUGCCUUACAUUAGUACCACCCGGUCCCCACAGCAGAUGAUGGGUUCUCUGGUUAAAGGCUAUUAUGCUGAACAACAGGGGAUAAGUCCGAGCCAGAUCUACCACGUGGCGGUGAUGCCGUGCUUUGACAAGAAGCUUGAGGCCUCGAGGUCAGACUUCUACCUGGACACGGCUGAGACCCGAGAAGUGGACUGUGUCAUCACCUCCGGUGAGGUUCAGAAAAUGCUGGAGGAGAAAAAUAUGUCUCUUAAUGAUGUGGAGCCUGCACCCCUCGAUACAAUGUUCAGCAGUGUGAGCGGGGAUGAUUACCUAAAUCAUGCUGGGAGCGGGUCGGGCGGUUACCUCCAUCAUGUCUUCACCUAUGCAGCCAAGCAGUUGUUUGGGGAGGAGGUGAAGGAGCUCACCUAUAAGACCCUGAGGAAUAAAGACUUUCAGGAAGUGACUCUGGAGAAAGAUGGGAAGGUCCUGUUGUGCUUUGCUUCCACCUACGGCUUCCGCAACAUUCAGAACCUGGUGCAGAAACUGAAGAGGGGGAAGUCGCCGUAUGACUUUGUGGAAGUGAUGGCAUGUCCGUCAGGUUGUCUAAAUGGUGGUGGACAAGUGAAGCCGCGACCUGGUCAGAGCCCAAAGGAGCUUCUCCAGAAGGUAGAGGCGCUCUACAAGUCAGAGCGCCCCGUGUCUCCAGAAGACGACGCUCAGGUGGCCGAGCUGUACCAGACCUGGCUCGGCAGCGUAGGGGAGGAGAGAGCCCGAGCGCUGCUGCACACACGGUACCACACUGUGGAGAAGAUGACCAACGGGCUCGCUAUGAAGUGGUGAAGAAAGCCUUCGUCAGUGCAGAAUUUAACUGUGUUUUUCAACACACGCUGACAGAACCGUCCAGAAGCACUUCUGUCUCUCUACAAAACAAAGAGGAAGACUAAUAUGAGCAGGUUUUUUUCUUGUCCAGCAGUUCCGUGUCUGAAAAUCUAGAAGACCAAGGUGUAGAUAUCACACACAAUGCUGAAACUGAGGCAAAUCAUGUAUGCCAUCUAUACAAUUGCAGUGAUUGUCCUUUCAAUCAUUCAUAAAUACCAACACGAUUUAGCUUCUGUCACACUUCAACAUGUGAGUGGAAAUAACACAAAGGCAAAAUAUAAUCAUUCCUUGUUUAUUUCCCUGUCUGGCUGUAUGUAUAGAGAGAAAUAAAGACAUUAUUUAACAU